UGUGCAGCCUAUUCUGAUCUAACGCGUAGGUCAGACAGUGUUAAGAAAAGCCCCUUUGAAGUGUUGAGGAGGUUCUUCAACCAGGUCGUCAUCGUCUACCGCCCGUUGUUAUGGCACCAAGUUCCUCAGACGCAAGCCACUAAAGACAGCAAGUUUCUGAUUUCAAGUGUUAAUGGAAUCACCGCCAAUACACUAAGCGGCCAGCGUUUUGUAUACACUGAAAUUAAGUUGGUGAUUUCGUACGCUUUGGAGACAUCUGCACACGCUUAUUAAACAGCGCGAAUUUUACUCGUCCGUCAGGUGACGCUCGCGCGCCCUUUCAAUCCGCCUUGCGCUGUCCACGUCCUCGUGAGUCGCGCGCAUCUCUGUGUCGUCAAAAAAGUAAAAAAAAAAAAGAAGUCCUCCAAAAAUGGCGGAAGGCGCGACGUCUCUGAAGGAGAUGCGAGCUCAAAUGGCUGCAGCUGCGCAAGCAGAAGCAGACGAGCGCCGCUCUCAGGCCGCUAGCAGCCCGGUGUCAGCGUCAACAGUGGGAAUGCCAACCGGUGCCAAGACCUCAGGGGCCCGGCCGGUCCUAGAUGGAGCAGCACUGAAGAUAGACGACAAGCUUAGGGUUGCCAAAGAGCGGAGGGAGGAACAGGAAAGGCAGCAGGCGGCACGCGGAUCGCAAAUCGAGGAACGGGAGCGCAAGACCAAGUUACAGUACGAGCGGCAGCUGGAGGAGCGUCACCGCAAGCUUGGGGAGCAGCGCCAGCGAGAGGAGCAGCGCCGCGCCGCCGUGGAGGAGAAGCGCAGGCAGAAGCUGGAAGAGGAGAAGGAACACUAUGAGGCAGUGGUGAGGCGCACACUUGAACGCAGCCAGCGCCUGGAGCAGAGGCAGAAAAGGUGGUCCUGGGGAGGCGGCCUGACAGCUGACUGCCCCCAAAAAUCUGGUGACUCUGAGGCGGCAGGUCCCGCCCCCCUAGCUAGUAUAGCACCCCCCUCCGAACCCCAGGGCCCCCAGAAGACGCAAGUUGACAAGCGUUCCAGCUCUACCGUGAAUCUGAAGCAAUCUGCAGACUCUGGCAUCAGCAAGCGCUUGUCAUCCUCUUCUGCUGCUCUAAUCAACUCUCCUGACAAGAGUGUUAAACGGCGGAGCUCCUCUCUGAACCGGUUACCUAGCAAUGGCUCCCAACCAGCAAAGGAAUCCCAGGAACCACUUUUGGGGCCCCCCACAGGCUCCGCCUUGAAGAAAAGAAGCUCCUCCCUCUCUCGGGAUGGGAGCAAAUCACAGUCCUCUGCCAAGAUAGAAAAAAACACGAAGGCUGAAAAAGAGCGCCGCCCCCUGGACAGUGGGGUCCUCAGCCGCCUGCUCACCCCCACCCAGGCCUCCCUCGCUAGGAGCAAGAGUGCCGCAGUCCUGCUGGCAGAUGGCGCAGACCCCCAAGCGCCUCCCUUAUGUGCUCGCUCAGUCUCGGUCAGCCCUGUGCCCCGAGGCCCGAUCCGAAGCCGCAGUGUCGACCGGCAGAAGGGUCCCCCCUCAUCCACAUCCUUGGACACGAGACCUAACAGCACAAAGAAAAUCCAAAAGGAGGCCCCGCCUUCAGGAGGGGGUCGGCCACCCUCGCCAUCGCCCUCUAACAGCCUAAGCAGGCGGCGCUCUCCUUCCCCUGUUGCCAUGGCAUCAGGUGCUGCCAAGAGAAGCCCCUCCCCAGUCGUGCCCAGGCAGAACCCCAGCUCCCCCUCACCCCUCAGAGCCGCACAGGGCCCACCCUCCCCGCAGUCCGCCUCCAAACCACCCCCCAUCCAGCGGCCCCCCCUCACGCCCGUUGGGCCACCCACCCUUCGCAAGAGGGACUCAAAGCCAAAGGAGACCCCCCCAAAGCAGCCCAUCGUCGUCAAGUCACCCGAGCCCCCAGCCACCGGCGGGACCCCCAGCGUCAAGACCAAAGAUGACCCCAGCUCCAAGGCAGUGGCAGGCACCACGUCAGCCGAGGAGGCGGCGAAGAUCCUGUCCGAGAACCGACGUCUGGCCCGGGAGCAGAAGGAGAAGGAGGAGCAGCUGCGGCUGCAAAGAGAGCAAGAGGAGAGGAUGUUGCAGGAAGAGCAGGAGGCGCGGCGGGUCGAAGAGGAGCGGGUGAAGCGACUGGAGGAGGAGCGGAAGAGAGAGGAAGAGAGGAAGAGGCAGGAGGAGCAGGAGGAGGAGUGGAAGAGAGCAGAAGAAGAGCGCCUCCUGAUGGAGCAGCAAGAGAAGGAAAGGCUGGAGGAGGAGGAGCGUGAGAAGCAGUUAGAGAUGCAGAAGGAGCUUGUGGUGCAGCGUGAAGAGGCGGAGGCCCGGGCCCUGGGGGAGGCGGAGAAGCAGCGGCAGGAGAGGGAGAGAGUGAUGCAGCAGAGUCAACAGGAGCGCAUGGAGAGGAAGAAGAGGAUCGAAGAAAUCAUGAAGCGGACCAGGAAAGCUGACCAAAAUGAUAAGAGGGAUGAGGAGAAGGAUGAGGAGAAGGCCCUGCAGAAUGAGAACGGAGAGGAGGAGUGCGAACACGUCUGCGAGCUGAGCCAGGCACCUUCGACAGAGCGGGACAUCCCUGAGGAGGUGGAUAUUCCUGGCAGCGUCAAUGGGGUGCUGGAGCUGGAGCUGGAGAACAAGGAGAACCAGGAGCAGCAGGAGGUGCUUAGUCUGGCACCCAAAACCCGUCCAACCGAGGCCCCCAACUUCCUGAACGGCAAGUCCGCCACUUGGAACUUUGAGGAGUUUAUCGACCUGGGCAUGAACGACGGGCAGAGCCAGAACCUCGUGGACCCCGAAGGGGGGCCCCAAGCCCCCCGGGCCGCCUUUGAGGACAAACCCCUGCAUCAGGGCCAAGCCAUUGGAGCCCUCUCUGAGAUAUGAUGCUGUCGCCCCAGCCUUCGGUCCUCUGGCACUCCCAGAUCUGCUGGCAUCCCCACAGCCCCUGAUGGAAAAGGGCAAAGGUGGAAGAGGCCUGGAUUCAGCAGGCUGGCAUCCUAAUUCCUCACCAGUGUGGGGGGGCAAAUGUAGAAGAGGAAAAAAAUUGCUUCAGGGAAAAGGUUGUUUUGUCAGUAUGCGUACUUCAUCUAGGUCUCUGUCACUUGCAAAUGCAAACUUGGAUUUGUAUUUAUUUUUAUUAUGCGAUUCUUUUUUUCUUUUUUUUUUGGGGGGGGGGGUAUAAAUCUUGGGUCCAGAUUUUCUCUCCCCAAUGCAACCUUCAGUUUUGUUCCUCUCGUCCCAUUGGCUGUCGUGUUCUGCAGCGCUGCUGACCUCCAUGCCUUGACUAAGACUUUCUUCCAGCAUUGCUGCGACUGGCUGACUGUGACUGGGACUUCUAUGACCAAAGUGAUAAAACGCUGGAGAGAGAGAGAGAUGGUUACCAAGGUUACUGUAAAGGGGGUGGUGAUGUUGGGGUCAGUGAAUGUGGGACACAUUCAGCAUCCUAUUGUCCACACAGGUUUGCAAAGUGCCGCCAUGACUUUCUGACCUGCUCUGUGUAAUCUCUGCUCAUAAAUCUCAAGGGUUCGAUAUUAGGUAAGCUCGUCUCUGCCCAUCCAUUUGUAAUGUGUCUUGAAGGUAGUUACUCACAAGGUAGUGUGCGCAUAAGUGUGAGUGCUCGUGUGGAUACCUUACAGGGGUAGGCGCCACUGAGCUAGCAGAUUUUUCUCCCGAUGUUCUUCAAGAAGUGAUCAGAAACCCAUUUCUUGACCAGGGUGGAGGUGGCGAGUUACUCGGUCAAAACAUUUCAGCUUUUUUCUCGUCCACAAGGGUCAUUUGCCUCCAAUUAUUUUUUAUGAUAACUUUACUGUGGCUGUUUUUAUUAAAGAUAUGUAUUUCAGAAUGUAAAAAUGGAACUUUAACUUUAGUUCAUACUUUUGUCUGUAAAACUUUCCUUUGUCGCUUGUAUUUUCCUUGUAUAAAUGUUUAACUUUAUUUAAAAAACAAACACACACUUAAAACGCCCAUGACCUGGUAUUCCCGAAAUCGGAUCAAUGCCAGCACCCAUUUACAUGUAACAGACACAAGGUGAGCUCCAUGUGUAUCUGGUGGCAGCAUCUAUCUGGGGGACAUUUUAGGCAGCAAAUGUCACGUGUUUCCUUCACUAAUUCUCUUAUACUGCCACCUGCUGGACACCUUUUAUUGUACAUGUUUUGGGUCCGCUUCUUUGCUCUGGGAACUUUUGUCUGCAGAAAUGUGCUUUUAAAUCAAACAAAAAAACAAAACUUGAUUUCCAACAUUAGGUUUAUAUGUUGCUGGUUUAUGCAUUAGGUAUGUGUGAAAGGAUAAUCCUGUCUUGUUACUGUAUAUCCCACAAAAUCAGUAUUAGGCAUCAUUGAGCCCUCUGCAAAAUGGGGGAAGGUGGGAUGGGGGUGGCCAUGAGUCUGACGGUCCUCCUGCUGUUGGUUCUCGGCAGAAGGUUGAUUUCCAGGCAUUCUGGUCUUCAGAAAACCGACCCCCUGAAAGUUACUUAAGACUUUGGUCCUCGGGUAUUCAGUACUGUUACAUUUAGAUCACUGUAGAUGCUUCCACUGUAUUUUAUCUGGUCUGUGUUGAUCGCAUGGAUGAGAAAGUAAGUCCUGAGGACUUAGAAAUUGCAUAUCAUAUUUUGAGACCUUUUUAAAAAAGGUGGGGCAGGGGGUUUUACAGGUAACAGAAGUCAGGGGUUCAAUAUGAUCUAAAGUAAGCACAGAUGUCCAGUAGCCUGUUAACGGUGAGUAGUGCUGCUGUUUUCUGCUAUGUUGGGGUGUAAGAUUGAGGUUCUGUGAGGAACACUGAAGGAUGCCUUGUUAGUUUCAUUCCCCUUCUUUCCAUUAGUUUGUCUCUUUCUAGCGCCUAGCCCUUCUUAGGACUCAGCCCUCAAAACUGCUGUGUGCUGAGAGGACCCAGGUAGAUGUUCUUUCUGUGUGGUUCUUGCUUCCUGCUUCAGGGCACAGGACAUGCUACCCAUGUCUUGUUGCCUGGAGCAGAUGCUUCAGUGGCCUUAGGUGAGGAGCACGUUCUUCAUGAUCAUAUAGUUGUGAUGGUGGUAGUUUUGAGCAGUACUCUAGGGCUGUAAUGGUUCACUCUUCCACAGUCCUGUUAACCAAAUCCCUUAUAUGUCUGCUAUGACAAUCGCCACCUCAAUGGGGCAAUGCGUAGGAUAUCAGAAAGAGUCAUUCGCUCACAAACCCUACCCAUAACCAAUAUCUGUAAAUAUCUUUUAAAAGUAUAUAAAAGUAAUAAUUGUUAUAAAGUUGUGGAACAAUAAAAUUAUUUAACAGAUGA